AUGGUGGAGCCCAAUGGCGGCCUUGAGGCCAUGGUCAAGAUACGCAGGGCCAACAACGUCGAGAAAAAGUGGGAAAAGAAGAUGAGGCGCCAGGAGUUGGAGCGGCUCGAGCAGGAAGAGCGGGAGGAGGCGGAGGCGAAGCGCCGCAAGAAAGAAGAGGAUGAGGAGGCAGCCCGCAGGAACGUACCCCAGUUCGUGCCAUCGCCGAACGCUGUGCUCGACCCGAAGGCGUACUUCGCGGAGUUCUCCCUGUUCCAGAAGCAGCAGCAAGCCGCCGCCUCGCACCGGCAGGGCAUCAACGCUCGCCGCGCAGCUGGUAGGCCACAGCAGGCCGGCCCUUUGCAGUACCAGCCUCCACGUCAACCCGUUGCCAGCGGCACGGCGCUGGCAGGGGCGGUAGGCGGCGGGGUACGUCUGUCAGGUGCGGCAGCGCGGCCGCCUGUGGCAGCGGGCGCGCCACGGGGCUCUGCCGGGCCUGUUUCUGGCAUGGGCCUGCUUGGCGGCUACGAGUCCGACUGA